CGUUGUUGCCUCGCAUACAUGUGGACCAACCCAGGGCCUGUUUCCACGCCAUGCUCGAUGGCGUCGACAUGUAGAUAACAAAGUUGGAAGUACACUCUUUCAAGGACGGAGGGAGUACAGUACAUUUCUUUUCGUCAAUUAGCACAUGCCAAUUAAUGACUUUAACAAAAAAAUCAUUUGCUAAUUUAUUCAUUGCAAAGCUGGACCGGCCAGCCUUUGAAUUAAUUAUUAACGUCGAAAAAUUUGCUUUACUGUCGGAGUGUCGGUCCAGAACUCCAGAUCUAAUCUCGCUCUUUGCACGAAUAUAAGCAUAUAGUUUACUGCCUAGAGGGGACCAAGCCUUGUUAGUUGAAAUCAAUGGAGCUGUUUAGCCUGUUUUUCUUUUCCUUUUGAACACGACCUCUUCAGCUUGCUGAUAUACAUACUCCCAAGUUAACUACUAGUAUUGGAUUGCAGCUGCUCUUUAGUUCUUGCUGCGCUAUUCCUCUCUUUGCACAAGUCUAAGCGGAACCUCUACUUCAGGGCGCCAGCCAUGUCAUGUUGGGACAAGUUUUGGGAUAAGUCUUGUGAAGAGCCACGUGAGAAGCUUGUUGAGGACACUCGUUGGGCAGAAGUAGAAAUGGCCAACAGUUAUGCCCUGUUCAUGGGCUACCUGUCCAUGGCCGUCAAAGGUCUUGGUUUCCUGGUGCUUACUUGGACCACCGUCGUUCUUCUUGGCGGUUUCAUUGACGACCUGCACAACAAUGAUUUUUGGUGCCUUACAUUCAUUACCCUUGUGCAGACGGCUGGGAUCUUCGAUGUUUUUCUGACUGAAAAACUGAGCUAUAUUGGAGAUGCAUUUGAUGGCGUGGCAUAUGUUGGAUACGCCGGAACAUCGGAAAACAAAUGGCGCAUUGUCCUAUCAAUGGUUCAUACUCUGGUCUUUGUCAUUUUGUUGUGCCCUCUGGUGGCUGUCUACAUGGGUGGGUUGGUAGUUUCGGCCGUGCUUUCGGUGUGGCGUCUGAUACAACAAGAUUACCAUGCUGAUGGAGUCAGAAACCUGAAGAAGGCGCUGGUUGUCUUGUAUUCCCUUGUCCUGCUCCAGGUUGUGAUUUUCUGCUACAAGAUCAUCAAUGGUUGGGCAAAGGGGUCUAUAGUGAAUGCAGUAGUCGACCAAAGAGGCUUUGAUAAGGAUUUUCGUGAUGGGAUAUCGGAUUACAUACGUGAAACAAUGAUGAGAUGUGAAAAGGACCCAUCAUUGGUUAAAGGAAGGAACCUCAUCACAUAUGCUGUGGGCCUGAUGGAGUCUAAGUCGCCUGACGACUACAUUUCCGGGGUAAGGAUCCUGGAUGCAUUCGCCAAAAAACUGGAGGCAGAAGUGAAAGGGGUCAAUGGGGAGGUACACUAUCCGCACAAAUACACAGGGGAGAAUAUACUCAAGAAACAUCUGAUCAUGUCUGCACCCUCUCCCGACAUACUCCAAAAGCUGCUGCAGACGUUGGGCCGCAUAAGCAUAUAUGAUAGAGAGACAAGGGGGCGUGCCGCAAGGGUGGUGGCGAGCAUUGCUCACGACAUCCAUUUGGAGAAAUAUCCAAAGGCAAUUGGCUACAUAUCUUCCCUCCUUGACACAUUCGAAGAAUACUGUAUUUUCCAACCAUAUACGGGAGACUGGCUAUAUGAAACAUAUGAACAAGAUUCAAAGCAAAUAUCCUUGUCGGUGAACCAAGAUGACAUCGUUGAGCAAGGGGACUAUGAUGCUCGCGUUGCAAGAACCUACAAAAUGCUGCUCAAGGCUGAGAGAAGUGACGAUGACCUUCUGCAGGGCUACAAAACGCUGGUGGAGCAAGGUCUCCGUAUCCUUCAGAAGCUCGCAGCCAACAAUGACAACUGCAGAGUCAUGUUCGGUACCCCAUAUCUACUGCCAAAGAUUAUGGUGCCUGUGACCUCCGGCCUACUCCACCACCGCAAUGAGGAUGGCCGCAUGAAGCACAUUGACAAUGCUGCAUGUUACAGCAUAGUAGAAGGUUCAAUGAAGGUGAUUGCCCAGCUCACGGCUGCUACAGGGCACAUAGGCACCAAGCUGCGUGAUGAAAUCUCAUGCAGUAUGGAAUUGAUCACAGCCAUGAGGACGAUUCUCGAGUGUAAAGAAUGCAAUGAAAUGCUGCAGAAAAUAGCUAUUUGGAUUCUCACGCACCUACACCAGGAUGAAAAUUCCAGUCCAGGGCAUGAAGGGACACAAGAAUUCAUUACGAUGUUGGUUGACAUCAUGACCCAAGAUAAAAAUUACAAGGAGGCUACAAGGGUGGUUGCAGCUAAAGCGCUGGUGGCUCUAUCAUCCGGGAGUGCCAGGAUUAUCAUGGGGUCAAAUAACAAUGUUAUUCACAGUCUGACUAGAUUGAUUGUUGAAAAACAAAGAUGCUCACAAAUGGCAACUGAAAUCCUGGAAAAUUUAUGCAUUCAUUGCAAUGAUGAUGUCCAAAGCCUCAAAACGCUGAAGGAAGCUAUGCCCAUUGUGGUUCCAAAGCUGCUUGAAGAAAUACUUUUUUGGCCAACAGAAGAAAGACAUAUAGGAGGAACAGAAGUUAAUCGGCUGAUACCAGAACCCAACGUAGAAAACCAAUGUGAUAAUUCCCCAGACAAUGGCCAGGCAAACAACAACUCGUCUUCCGCACAGCAGCAAGGGUACAGCUCGUUUCGCAUGUUAUCUCGUUGUGUCACAAUAUGGGGUGCGUUGAUAAGUGCAGAUCAGGACUUGACACAUCUGUUUACGGUAGUCCCCCCCGGAGGCGGUGGAAUUAGCUUCGUAAUGAAGCUCAAAGAGAUCGUUGAAAAACAUGAGCACCACAGACCCGUCUGCCUGAGAAUAAGGAAGCUUGUCUGUAAGAUGGUCAUAUCUAUGAUGAAUCCCAAAGGCAGCUAUGUCAAUGAUGGGCUGACGAGCUUGAUGGCUGCACUGUCCAGUGCUUCAGAUGACAUGUUUAUUCUUGAUGGCUACAUGGUUUUAGGACAAAGGCCUGUUAGAAGUCUUGCUUCCCUCGUGGAAGAAGCGCGGGUGCUUGUGGACAGAAACAAGGAGCUUUUCCAGAGCCAAACCCAUGUGGAAAGGCGCAGGUACAUGUGA